CCAUUGCGGCCUCUCUGGCCUGCGUCUCUGUAUUCGAGGGAGUCGGUCGUGAGUUCCGGUCAGGGCCGGAAGUAGGCCGCGGACUGGCGUUGCCUUGGAAACGCGGCGCUGUUUACCAGCGAGGACGGUGCCUCCUGCGGGUGGGGCUGCUGGAUGGAGGCGCGGCCAGGCUGCCUUGGAGUUCCCGUUGCCUGGCAUGCGAAACGAAACAAACAGAACGCCACGGCCCUGUUUAGUGUGCUUCCAGAGGACAGCCCAGAGUGCCGGGUCUCGGCUGCUGAGCUGCUCUCUUUCAUGGGCCUUGCUGCGCCUUUGUCUUGUGCUCCAAGUCCGUGGGUCUGGUUCCCUGUAAGACCGGGCUGGCUGUGUGCUUGGCCGAAGACCUGGCAGCUGCGCCUCCACCUUUCUGGCCGGGACAUCUGCCAACCCCCCGGAGCGGCAGUUUGAGAUCCUGUCCCACUGACUGGCCUGUUGAUCUUCCGGAGCUUUUGAGCCGUCAGUCCUCCGGAGCCAAUGGAGCAUCUCCUGCAUGUCUUCUGAAAAGCAAUGGCUGCUGCCUCGCCUCUGAACCUUGCACCCCCCGAACGGAAGCUCUCCUUGGGCAUCCCAAAGCAAUCCACCCGGCAGCCUCACUCCAUUGCCAUGCACGUCACGCGGCCGAAAUCCGCCAAGGGGCGCACGCGGCAGAGCCUGAACUUCUCCCACAGCGUCGAAGCCUACUCCUACCAGGCGCCCUUGUCCCCCCAGCCGAUCGCUCCCUGCGAAGAGGCGGUCAGCGGCCGGCGGGUGGCAUCCUCCCAGCAGCUGUACCAGCCCACCCAGGCCUCUUCCGCUGAAAUCCCAGAUCUCCUCCAGCAGGUCCCCCUGAGGACCUCGUCUUCGCUGAACAAGUACCGAGUCCUCCCCUCCAUCAGCAGGAAGGAUCUGAGGAAGAGCGCCGUGGAAGUGAUGUCCGAACAGGCCGGUCAGCUCCAGGUGAGCUCCCAGCCGGAGAAGGACGAGCCACUGGGGAAGGGGCCCGCCCCUCUCGUGGCGACAAAACACGCCGGUGGCUGCGGGGAAUAUGCUCAGAGCCCACCUCUCCCGCUGGAGACGAAGCCCGCAGGCCAGGCCCGGCCAGCCGCCUCGCCCGCCCUGAAUCUGGAAGAGCCCUCCGAGAAGGAGCUGCGUCUGCUCCUGGCCAUCCGGUCUCCUUCGGGCCAGAGGUUUGAGCGUCACUUCCGGCCGACGGACAGCCUGGAGACGGUCCUGGUGGCCGCGGAGCGAAAGAACUCGGCCGUGUACGCCCGCUGCAGCAUUGAGACGGUGGAGGUGCCCAGGAGGACCUUCUCCGACCUCAGCAAGACCUUGCAGGAGUGCGCCAUCCCCCACAAGUCCGUGCUCUGCAUCCUGCAAGAGGGGGAGCCCUAGCCAGCUGGAGGGGGCUGUGCUCUGCAUUAAAUGCCAUUGGAGAGUCCCUUCCGCUGUCCACUCUUUGAGACCCCGCCGACCCCUUUCCUGGGCUCGCUCUGUUCCAGGCUCUUCCCCGUAUAUCCAAGAGGGAAGUGUGAAAACCCUUUCUGUUUCCAAAACGUGGCAUUUGAGACCCCCCCCCGCCCCCCAGCUUCCCAUGACCAGCAGGCCUUGUGAUAGGUUGUGGAGUUGUUCUCCAGAUGAUGUUGAUCUGUUGGCGAACCUGGUUCGCGCUCUUCCAGCAGGAGGGUCCGUUGGGCACCUCUGCUGGGCUCUAGGAACGGAUCCUCUUGCUAGAGGAAGUCUAGAGAAGCAGCUGGGGACGGGAAGAGGGAUGCCGUGGCUGGCGUUACCGAGGUGUCACGCUGCACCCUGGGGCGGCUGCUUGAACGGCAGCUUGGACUUGAACGGCAGCCUCAGGGCUGCUCAGAACAGGCAGGUCUGCACGCCGUUCCCUCUGCAGGUUUUCUUGUUGUCCCCAGUGGGGAAACCCGUGGAAGUGGCUGUUUGCACAGCUGUGGGUUCUGAGAAGCCAAGAUGCCACCUUUCAAGUCUGCGGCAGCUGCACAGUGCAGGAUUACACCCGUGGUGUGCUGCACGUCCUGUGGACUACGGACUCUCGCCAGGAAUAUCUUCCGUACAGGCCCAGUUUCGUUAGAUUGUCACGGAUUUGUGCAGCUGCUUCUGGGAGUUGUGCCUGCUAUUUGGAUUUUGAUUUUUUGCUAGGGGGGCAUUCUCUGAGAUGCAAAGAGAGGUUACUUUGGAUGGAAGGACAGAGAGGGGCAUGCAAAGGCUUGCUCCCUCCGCCUCCAUAGAAAUUGGCAAAGAAAGCCGAGUUUGCUCUUGUUGAUGUAUUUUUAAUCAAAUGUGUUUUCACAGGAUUAUGGCACAAAUUAGUGUGGAAAAGCAAAUCCUAGCUAAAAAUUGGUUUUUCAGCAAAAAUUUGAAUUUCAGUGUUUGGCGGUGGGUGCAGAAGCGUUGUUGUUUGAAACAGAAAUGAGUUUGCAAAGAAGUGUUUGAGCUGGUAUUUUUAUAAUCCAAACCCCAUUUUGCCUGGCUACAAGCAAGGGGCUUCUCUCCAAAGCCACCGUUCUAAUUUUUCUUUUCUUUUUGUUUAAACCCCAACCUGUUUAAGACUGGACCUGUUUGUGUGUGUGUCAAAAUGCCAUGUGUAUUCUUUUUCAAAAUACCUGUAUUGAAUGGAGACAACCUCCAUGUCUCCCUGCAGGGUUUAAAACCCUAGUAUUACUCCAAGAUGGGUUGAGCUCUGACAGCUCUGCUUGCCAAAUGCUCUACUUCUCUGCACCGAAUCUGACUUUUCCUCCGUAAAAUGGCCAAACUAGCCUCUAAGGUUGGUCGGAUGAUCACCCCAGCUUUUGAUUACCACAGCUAAAGCAGGGGUUCUCAACUUUUGGUCCCCAGACGUUGUUGGACUACAACUCCCAGCAUCCCCAGUGGCCUCUGGCAAUUGCGGCUGGGGGUGAUGGGAGUUGUAGUCCAGUGGUAUCUGGGGGCCCAAGGUGGAGAAUCCCCUGUGCUAAAGAGUCAGGCCCGGAGUGAGCACCUUCAGCAUGAGCAGUUGUUGACCUACAACUCCUGUCAUCUCUGGCCACCAUAAACGGCAGGGGAUGCUGGGAGUUGUAGUUGAACAACAGCUGGAGAGCCAAGGGGGCCUACCCAUGCUGUGGGGAGUUGGGACGCUUGGUUUUGCCCUUUCUGUCGUAAGUGUUCACAGGUUAGGUGAGUAACAGAUCCAGCUGCCGUCUGGCCAGAGCCUUGGACAUCCGCCAUUUUGCCAGCUCUCAGCAAUGACCAAGGCACCUGGAAAGUCCCGCAAGCAACAAAUUCCAGCAGCCCGCAGCAAGAGGGGGCGAUGCCCCGUAGUUUGUUAGCCGUCAGCACCCCGUAGUCCAGUUUGGGGCUGAAAGAGGAGGAAGUUUCAGAUGGUCAGCACACAGGGCGAGGCCACGAAUGGGUAGCAACGUCACCGCUGAAGCCGACGCCUGCAGGCGGUUUGGAGGCAAGGCCGGAUCCUGGCAAUAGCGCGAGUCCCACGUUCACCAGACAGACAGACCCCCCUUUUCCUGAUCCAUGCCACCCGACUUGCUCCGAGGGCCCUGGCCACAGGGGCGAGAACAACUGGCCAGCAGCAGGAGAGGCAAGGAGAAGGGCGUGCUGGGCAACGGCCAGUUUCGUAGCCACACCACACUGUUGUGCCUAAAGAACUGCAGCGGGCUCAGGGCUCGCGGAUGUAGUCGGUGAAGCGUUUCAUGGGGUGAGUGGCGUGCACACAGAGACAAGCAGGAAGACGACUAGGCUGGACGAUGGGGCAACAGUCCCACAUCUGCAGCCAGAGGUGGGGCAGUCUGGGAAGAACAUUUCCCUUGUGCUGCUCAAGUAUGUGUCUUGGCCCAUGCGUGGGCAACCCUGGCCCUCCAGCUGUUGCACUACAACUCCCAUCGUCCCCAGCCUGAGUUUACGGGAGUUGUAGUUCAACAGCUUGGAGGGCCAGGUUUGCCCACCCUUGUUCUCACUGGAGUCCACGGCAGCGGUUCUUCUCUUAGGAGAAGUGGGGAAGAUUACCCCCAUGCUAAACUAAACAUUACUUUCUGAUUCUCUGCUAAGCCAGGUUAGUAUGGGAAACUUUGGCCUGCAACUCCCAUAAUCCUCAGCUGUUUGGUCACGGUGGCUGGGGAUGAUGGGAGUUGUAGUCCAAAACCAGCUGGUGGGCCAAGGUUGAUUUGUAUUUGUGUCUUGUUCCUGCUCAAUGGUGCCCGCCCCCCAGCUGUUUUUGGACUGCAACUCCCAUAAUCCAGCCACAGUGGCCCAUACCCAGGGAUUAUGGGAGCUGUAGGCCAACAUCUGCAAGAGGGCCACUGUUGAACAGGCCUGCCUUAGAGGGUUGCAUGUCUUCCAAGGUAGAUAGCUGGCAAAAACAAAAUCCUCCUUGGUCAGGCUGCAGGCGUGAUACUCUGGAAACAGCUUUUCAAAAAACCCAGGAACAAUCCAGGGUGGGUGGGAAAAUCAGGCUUAAAACAGUAAACAGAUCACCUUCUUGUGCAGAAGUGUAUCCUUUUUGCAUUCAAAUAAUCUGAGACUUGUUAUGUGUGCUGUUAAAACCAAUAAAAGAUAUUUUGGGUGUAAUUUACAGUA